GCUCUACGCCGCUGCGCUUCAAAAUGGCGGCGCCCAGCGUGGGGGAAGAGCCGGGCGGCAGUAGCGGCGGCUUCGGGCCGUGGCUGUCGGGGCGGCUGGAGGCACUGGGGCUGGACCGGGCCGUGUACGGCGCCUAUAUUGAGGGGCUGCUGCGGGAGGAGGAGAGCGACGAGGAGCGGCUGGAUGCGUUGCGCGGGGUGCUGGCCGCCUGCCUGGAAGAAGACCUAUUACAACAUGCUUGCAAGGAAAUAGUCAAGAAAUGGUCUGAAUCUCAGAUUGUUGAAGCCAAAGAGAAAAAAGAAGAUGAGAUCCAGGCAAUUGCCAGUAUGAUUGAAAAGCAGGCCCAGAUUGUGGUGAAGCCGAAGGAAGUUUCCCAGGAAGAAAAACAGAGGAAAGCUGCCCUCCUAGCUCAGUAUGCCAAUGUAACAGAUGAGGAAGAUGGAGAGGAUGAACAGAAUGGCUCCAUCGCAGCAGCAUUGCCCAUUGGGUCAGACAAAUCUUUGUUUCGGAACACAAACAUGGAAGAUGUCAUGAACGCAAGGAAGCUGGAGAGAGAGCUUCUGCGAGAUGAGUGCCAGAAGAAGAAAGAGCAAGACAGGCUCCAGCGAGAGAAGGACAAGCUAGCUAAGCAGGAACGGAAAGAGAAGGAAAAGAAAAGGACACAGAAGGGAGAAAGGAAGCGAUAGCUGUGGUUUUUCCCAUUGGACUUUUUCAGAGGAUAAAAAUGAAUUCUGCAUAUCGUGUGUGUUCUAAAAUGGCAACAGCAGCUCGGGGCAGGCAGCUGGCAAGCAGGUCUUUGGAAGCAUUUCCUCUUUUGUUUACACAGCAAAAAGAAAUUGCAAACAAUUUUUCAACUGAAAAUGUGCCAUGUGCGUGUGGUGUGAAAUGUGCCGGUAGAUUGUUGUGGCCAAUGUCUGUACCAAAGAACUGUGAAGUGACUACCUUCUCUCUUCAAAUCAUUCAUUUUACUUGGAAUGAGGUGUAGGAGGGGCUUCCAAAAUGUCUGCAGCUUUGCACUGCCCUCAGACCUGCAGCAAUGGCAUGUUACUUUACUUGAAGUGUAAGCAAAGCCCUGGUUUCUGAGGUGCAGCUGAAGGCAAGCUUCUGUGGGCUGAACAUGAACUUGAUGUAGCCUUGCAAAAUUUGGCUUAACUGGGGCAAACAGUGUUUUUCUUGGAAAGUGAAUAAAACCUGAGGUUUUUUUUUAUCAUGGUUGGAGUUAGUGGCUAAUACUUAUGCGGAGCCGGUAGAUAUUCACCUUAAUUCUGCAAGAGCCCUAUGAAAUAUAGGGCCAAGAAACACUAACUUGCUGCUGUUUCACAAGGGGUUCCUCUGUCCUGGGGUAGUGCCAUAGUACUCUGUAUAUUGUGCAGAGUGGCAAUAGAAAUGUUGAGGCUUGACCCCAGUAGCCUGAAGAACAGAGAUCUUUCUGGGACUGAGAUGGGUAGUGUAGGUUUUAUUGUGUAUGAAAUUGUUUCAUGGGUUUUGUUUACACUUAAGGAUUUUUUUCUAACCUCUCCAGGGUGGUUGGAACAGAAAGGGACAGUGUAAUAUAUAAUAUAUAUUCUAAGUGAUGGUGGGCUGCAAGCACCUGGUCUGUACUCAGUACUACUGGUGCAGCUGCACCAGCAGAAACAUCUUGGUGCAGAUGCAGCCUUGGAGCAGAGAAAUGUUAGCAGAUACAUCUGAACAAAUGGAUGGCUAGUGAUCUGUGCUCUUAUGGCCUUUCCUUUCAAACUACUAGGCCUCUGCAAAAAGAAACACUAGUCUUCCCAAGUUCUGUUUACCUGCAUUGCUCGUCACAGUGGCUUGGGAUGAACAAUUAAUGUGUGCAUCAGCCAUAUUUAAUGGUAGUAUACGCUUUCUGCUAUGUCAGAGCAUAAUGCACAUGCAAGACUUUUCUGACACCAGGCAGCUACUGAAUCUGAGUGAUUUCCACACAAAUCUACUGAAGGUCAGUGCAUUCUAUUCAGCAAGCUGUUGAGAGUGCAAAUACUGGAUUGCUUUACCUUUUGAUUCAGAUAAUAAAAGUGUUUGGGCCAAGAA